AGAAAGAAACCUUCUUAUCCUCUGAGGGAAGAAGAAGAAGAAUUUCAAGGUUUACUUUCAAGCAGUUUGUGUUGGGAAAGACUUCAGUCUUAGCAUGCAUUUAAGCAUAAAAGCAUUUACUGUGCAUGCUCAUUGUAGACUGCUUUUCUAGCUAUGAGAAGCCUUGACAGAGAAGAAAUUCCAACCUUAGCAUCUCUCUCUUUAGCUCUGUGGGUAGCUAAACACUUCCACUUCUAAGCCAGCUGUGUGGCUUUUUGGCGAUAAUAGUCAUAGGAGAUGUGUUAACUUGGUUAGUGCCUCCUUCUGUCUUUCGCUACAAGUUUCUUUCUGGUCAAAAUAUCUGACGAUGGACUGGGAUAAUCUUUUUGGUUGUCCUUCCUCACUGAAGAAGUUUGAGGCUUGCCCUUUAGGUAUGAGGGUGCAGUUUCACAGCUGACUUCCUCAGUGGCAGUGCUGGCUCAAAAGCAGUUCCUGUCCCUUCAGUUAUACCAAUAAGAUGACACAAAAAGAGUUGUGUUAAGCCUGACUUAGAUUAUGGUGUGGCCUGACAGUCAGUUGUGCUGGUACACCAUGAGAUGGAAGAGCUGUACCACUUAUUGUGGCAUUGCUGAUGAAAACCUAUGCAAAGCUUUCCCAAACGGCAUGGUCUUAUGAGUGUUUCUUGGGCAACUGUGCUUGCUUCAACAGCCUCUUGCCUCUGAAGUUGCAGUGUGGUUUCAUGUAGUGAACCAAAUGAAGGAACUGAUCUAGACGUAAACUUGGAAAAUAAUUGUUCAUGUGAAUUAUUUCCCCAGUUUGGGCUGCUACAAAUAUUUAUGGGGCAGGAGGGUGGGAAUGGGAGUAGACAGGGACUGAAUAAGCUGCCACUGAAAGGGAAAAGAUGCUGAAAUGCUGAGGAAUGCCAGUUGGUCCAGGUGUCUUAAGAGGAAGCAGUGAUCUUAAUGCUAAUCCUCUGAAUUGUUGAGGGGAAACUACAUUGCUGGAUUAUUUUGAGCAGGUGUGGAAGAGUUUAGCCCACUGGUGUUAACCGCUCCCUUUAAUAUAGCUAUAUUAAAAAUGUCUCUGUCCAUACUUAAAGAUGUCACUUUAAAGCAGUUCUUGUGUUGGUAACUUAUAAUAUCAUUCAGUUGCUGCAGAGGGAAAAGUACAUGCUUUCCAAGAUGCUUGCUCAAUAACUGAGAAAUGAUGCUGAAGUAGCAUGAGAAAUUUUAUGCUACUGCUGCAGUUCCUGUCUUAAAAUGACAUUAGAAGAAUUGUUUUGAGCUGCUGCAUCUGCAGUGCAGCAAGGAACGCUAGAGGUGAAAGGAGAGGAAAAUCUAUUACAGAAAACCGCCUGAAAAGGGUGGGGGAAAAAAGCAAAUAUAGGUGCUAAGCUAUGUGAGCUGGAAAACAAUCAAUUGAUAACUGAAGUAGAAGGGAAUGGAUCCUAAAAGAGUCAUAAGAGUAUAUGUAAUAUGGGAAAUUGUGUAGAGAUGUCUGGAUGCUUAUUAAAGGCAAGAAAGUAAUAUAUUCCUGUUCUUCCUCCUAAAACAAGAUUGAAGAAUUCUUUGAAAAAACUCAAGCCAGUGUUCAACUUGCAUGGAUGCCUCAGAGCAGAAAAUGUGCUGUACAUCAAGACAACCUACCCUUUUGGUUAGGGAAAGCAUCUGGGGAAGUCUAAUUAGAGUGCCUAUAUGAGUUUUUGUAUAUGCCAUCUCUCUUCAGUAGAGACUUAUAGUGAGGCUUAAUUGUUGUGAAUGCUUCUCUUUAAAGACUUCUAAUAGAAGUCAAAGUAAACCUUACAAGUCUAGGAGUUGGUUUAAACUAUUUCUGGAAAACUUUAAGUCCUGUAUUUAAAACAUGCUUGCUGCUUGUCUAAAUGACAUUCAGCAAACUCUUGUGUAGUGAAGGUAGUAAUCACCAAAGAUGUCAUAUUCAAAGGAGUACUUGCACCUAGUCUAGAAGUUGGCUUAGUAUUUCUGAAUUGUAUGAUGAUCUGUUUCAUUACUUCUCUGAUUCUUUGAUCUCAGCAAUGCUAAUAAUCCUUUUUUAACAGUGAACUACCUCUUAUUAAAUAAAGAAAUGGAUGGGAUGGAUGAAACAUCUAAAAGAAUCCUUCUAGAGCCGUACCAGUAUUUACUUCAACUACCAGGUAAGCAAGUGAGAACCAAACUGUCGCAGGCUUUUAAUCACUGGCUGAAUGUUCCAGAAGAUAAAAUACAGGUUAUCAUUGAAGUGACAGAGAUGUUGCACAAUGCAAGCCUACUUGUGGAUGAUAUUGAAGAUAACUCAAAGCUGCGACGAGGCUUUCCAGUGGCACACAGUAUCUAUGGAAUUCCAUCAGUAAUCAACUGUGCUAAUUAUGUGUAUUUCCUUGGCUUAGAGAAGGUUUUAACCCUUGAUCACCCAGAUGCUGUUAAAGUUUUUACCCGUCAGCUACUGGAGCUCCAUAAAGGUCAAGGCUUGGAUAUUUACUGGAGGGAUACUUACACAUGUCCUACGGAAGCUGAAUAUAAAGCUAUGGUACUGCAAAAGACAGGUGGUCUAUUUGGAUUAGCUGUAGGCCUCAUGCAGCUCUUUUCAAACUAUAAAAAAGACUUAAAACCACUUCUUAACACACUUGGUCUCUUCUUCCAAAUAAGGGAUGACUAUGCCAACUUGCACUCCAAAGAAUAUAGCGAGAACAAGAGUUUUUGUGAAGACUUAACUGAGGGCAAGUUCUCAUUUCCAACUAUUCAUGCAAUUUGGUCAAGACCUGAAAGUACUCAGGUGCAAAACAUCUUACGUCAAAGGACAGAGAACAUAGAUAUAAAAAAAUACUGUGUUCAUUAUCUUGAAAACGUGGGUUCCUUUGAGUACACUCGGAAUACACUGAAAGAGCUUGAAUCUGAAGCCUAUAAACAAAUUGAAUUACUUGGAGGAAACCCUGAGCUUGUAGCACUAGUUGAACACUUGAGCAAAAUGUUUAAGGAAAAUGAAAAUUAGCAUUUAUUUAACUCCUGGGGACAAAUAAAAACUGUUUUUAAAUGAGGAAAUUAACAAGACUGUUAGAUGAUGUGAAAGGUGAAAUAAGUCUCAAUUAUUUCUCACUCUGCAUUGCAGGAAUUACUUUGCAAACACUUUGUGUGGUCACUGAGUACUGAAAUACAACCUAUUAUCGCUACAGUCUUAACCGUAACUGCCUAUGGAUAGCUUUGUCAAAACAGAUCUACUGCAACUGAACCAAGUCCUGAAUAUAAAUAUGAUCUCCUUUAUGCAAUCAAUGGCAUUAUUUCAGCCCUAGAACCCUCACAGGUUGUAAUGUUUCUCUAACCAGGCUAUUGUAGGUUUCUGGCUGAAAUUCUGUAUUAAAUUAAAUCUGUCUCACCUGAGUGGCUUGUGUGUUUUUAAACUGAGUUAGAGUUAAUUUGCAGGGCUAAGUAACAAAAGGAGACACUCACAACCUUAAUGCCUGCACGAAUGUUGCCUAAUAUUUAUAAAUUUAGAUUUGUGGAGAACAGAUGCAUCAACCUUACUAUUGGGAAUAUCACAUCCAGCUUCUGAGGAUAUUUUGGGGGGAAUACAAAUUAAAAGUAAUAUUUUAUGUCAAAAUGAAAUUAAUUCUUAGUUUGAAACAGUAGCUGGUAAAGACUUCCAGGUACCUUAGGGAAAAGAAUUCAUUGCAUCAACAAAGCAUACAUUUGCCACUGAUUCUAGCUCUGUAGCAAAUAGCUUAGAUUGUGUGGUUUUAUAUUUUUAAACUGUCAAAUAUGUUGUUACUCACAUAGCAUAGGAUUUAAACCUAUAAAUUAGAUUGUAUAUACAUAAGAGCAACCAACAAUGUGGUAAGUUGCCACUAGGCGUGGGGUGAGGUUCACUCUGCAUAACUUUAAGGCACUGUAACUGAGGCAAAUCUCUUUCCUCUCUGCUUAUAAUAGAGAAGCUGCUCUCAAAGAUUUGAUUCAUGUUACAUUCCUAUUCUUAACUGCUCUCUGGAUCCUCUAUGGAGGGAAGGUUUCUAACUUUUGUCUAAAACAAGGUGCUGUACCUUGUUUUACAAGCAAUAAUGCCACUUUGGUGGUGUUGCUUAUUGCUUAAAAAUGAAGUAGCCUAGAACUGGAAUGGAGAAUUGGAUUUCUGAUUUUGGAGUGGGCCUGAUUUAAAAACCUCUGCUUGUUUAUGGAAGAAAUGGAAAUCUCUAUAUGAAGUUGAACAAAACAUAAGCCAGAAAGAUGUUUGUUUCUUCUUGGCUUGGCUGGCUUUAACCAGGCCCAGCUCCCUUAAUCGUCGCAGCCACUCAAAGCCUUGCUCUGGUGUAGCAAGGUAAUGGUUCAGAACAAAGGUGGGAUUGGUGCUAUUUGUGGUAGUGUUAACUCAAGUAUACUCGUUUUUAAAA